AUGUACCUCUCCGAAGCCGGCAAUCCACUGCUGAUCUACUUGGGUGUGACGCUGGUUUUUGGAGGAGUGAUCCUUUAUCGAGCCAAACAGAAGCGCGCGGAGAAGGAGAUCUCUUUCUGCUGCGGUCUCGUCUUGCUUUUUCUUCUGGAGAUCGUGUGUUUUGCCACCCUGCAGAGUUCCCUGGGUUUGCUUAUCUUCUCUCUGGCAUGCCUCCUUUGCUGCUUUUAUCUACCUGCUCCGGCGAUGCUACCUGUGGAUCGAAAAGCUGUGCUUAUCACAGGAAGUGACUCUGGGAUCGGACAUGAGCUGGCCAGAUUCCUUGACCACUUGGGCUUUGUUGUGUUUGCCGGCGUUUUGAACGAGAGAGGGUCCGGAGCAGAAGAGCUGAGGAAAACCUGCUCGGAAAGACUUUCUGUCCUGCAGCUGGACAUCACCAACUCUCAGCAAAUACAAGAGGCUUUUCUUGAAGUGAAAAAGAAGUUGGAAAAUGCAGAUCUUUGGGGCGUUAUCAACAAUGCAGGGAUAUUGGGGUUCCCCGCUGAUGCUGAAUUGCUUCCCAUGAAUAACUACAAGCAAUGCAUGGAGGUGAAUUUCUUUGGUCCCGUUGAAGUAUCGAAAACAUUCAUACCAUUACUCCGGAAAGCCAAAGGAAGGAUUAUUAAUAUAUCGAGCAUGGCAGGAGGUGUCCCAAUGCCGAAGUUUGCAGCUUAUGGAGCAUCCAAAGCGGCUCUCUCUAUGUUUUCUGGAGUAAUGCGGCAGGAGCUUUCCAAAUGGGGGGUUAAAGUGGCUGCCGUUCACCCCUCAGGCUUCAGAACAUCUAUCCAGGGAACACCCGAGCAGUGGAAUACGUUAGAGCAGAAUCUUCUUGAGAAGCUCACACCAGAUGUGAAGGAAGAUUACGGCGAAGAGUACCUCCUUGCGCAGAAGGUCUUACUGUCGCGCAUGCCGAAUAUCUCCAGACCUGAUCUCUCACCUGUCCUCUGGGAUGUUUUACAUGCAUUGCUGGCAAAAAGCCCACAUGGGUUAUACACUCCUGGCAAGGAUGCUUACAAAUACCUCUUCAUCUUCCACUAUUUCCCGCUCUGGUUUUAUGACCGUUGUAUGAGCAGACUCGCAGCAGUUCCGGUUGCACCGAAAGCUCUCAAAGCCGCAGAGGCGAAAGGCAAAAAUUCAUAG